CAUUUAAUGCAAAUUACCUCUCUCUCUCUCCCAUGCACCAUUAAAUGCAAUUGCACCAUCUCAAUAAGCUUUGCAAUAACUCCUUGCUGCCACAUUUUCCUCCAUCUGCUUUCCAUUUCUCCUUCCUUUUUUCCUCUCCAGUCCUUUGAUCCUUCAUCUUCUUUAUAUUUUUCUUUCUAAAUAUAUAUAAUUUUUUUUGCUAAGUAAUAACUUCACUGAUCAAGCCCUUGCUACUCAACUUUAACCGCUUAACUAUCACAAAAACUAAGCUUCACAAGCAAUUGCAGCCCCAAAAUAUUGGUUCGCCGACACUCUCUUUAGCUACCUAGCCCAAAAGCAGAUCUGAUAUAGUCUCAUCUUUUCUGGGGUUUUUUCAUUAGGGCACGAAAGAGUUAAAUAUUUCUAUUUAUAUGCUGAUCAUGGUGCUAUAGAGUUCUAAGCAAAACGUAAAAUACUACUGUUAAGACACGUUUGGAUACUCCGAGAUCUUCGAGGGCGUUACAUAUAUAGCUUUUUUUUUUUGUUUGUUUGUAGAAUUUUAUUUGUUUGGUUAAUGUUUUUAUUUUUCCCCAAAAGCCAAAUCCAAAUUGUCAACCCUUAUCUUUAUAUGAUACUCCUGUAGAGAUUUUUACCUUUCCAAACACCCCCUAAAAAAUGAAGCACAAACUAAUUGUCACCUCAGUCCAUUUUACUUUGUAAAAGGUUUUUGUUUAGUUAAGAGUAGCACACUACUACUGUCAAAGAAUCUAAGAUUAAAGUAGUAGUCAGAACUCUUUUUUGACUUAAUCCUUUUAAAGAUAUAAAAAAAUAUAAUAUAUAAUAUAUAAAGAGUACGAAAGCAGCAUAGUUUUCCAGAGAAAAUAUUGCAGUAGUGAACUCAUUUUUCGAAGAAAGGACGGUUGAAAAAACAUUUUAGGGUUUCUGGGGUUUUCAACAUGCCGGCCGGGAUCAUAAUUCCGGCGAGAAAUAUGCCGUCGAUAAUCGGACGGAAUGGAAAUAUUGGUGGGUUUGGUUCAUCUUCAGGACUUACUCUUAGUCAGAUUGAAAACCCAUAAAAGGUUUGGGGAAUCUUAAAGAUCUGUAGAUAUGUUCCAGCCAAACAUGAUGGAAGGAAGUGGUCACCAGCUUCUUCAUCCCCUAGACAUGACCGCACAGAAUACCACCUCCGAAAGCGAUCUCAACGCUCGUCUCGGCCGAGACGACGACGUUUUCGACAGCGCAACUAAAUCCGGUAGCGAAAACCAAGACGGUGGUGCCUCCGGCGACGACCAUGACCAGCAGCGUCCCAAGAAGAAACGCUACCAUCGCCACACUCAGCAUCAGAUACAAGAAAUGGAAGCAUUCUUCAAGGAGUGUCCACAUCCUGAUGAUAAGCAAAGAAAGGAGCUGAGCCGGGAAUUAGGGUUAGAGCCAUUGCAAGUCAAAUUUUGGUUUCAAAACAAGCGCACUCAAAUGAAGACCCAGCAUGAACGCCACGAAAACACUCAACUCCGCACUGAAAAUGAUAAACUAAGAGCUGACAAUAUGAGGUACAGAGAAGCUUUGAGUAACGCCUCGUGCCCUAACUGUGGUGGCCCAACCGCAAUAGGAGAGAUGUCCUUUGAUGAACACCAUUUGAGGCUCGAAAAUGCCCGUCUAAGAGAAGAGAUUGAUCGUAUUUCUGCAAUAGCUGCUAAGUACGUAGGGAAGCCUGUGGUUAGCUACCCAAUCCUUUCAUCCCCAGCUACCCCUCGUCCACUGGAACUCGGAGUUGGAAACUUUGGGAGUCAGGCGACCAUGGGAGGAGAGAUGUAUGGAGGAGGUGGUUCAACCGGAGAUCUACUGAGGACGAUGAGUGCACCAAAUGAGGCUGAUAAGCCAAUGAUAAUAGAGCUUGCUGUUGCAGCCAUGGAGGAACUGAUAAGGAUGGCCCAAAUGGGAGAGCCCUUGUGGAUGACCAGCCUGGAUGGAGCGAGUGCUGUGCUGAACGAGGAUGAGUACGUUCGUACAUUCCCUCGAGGAAUAGGACCCAAGCCUGCUGGUUUCAAAUGCGAAGCUUCUCGUGAGACUGCCGUCGUUAUCAUGAACCACAUUAACCUUGUUGAGAUUCUCAUGGAUGUCAAUCAAUGGUCGACUGUUUUCUCUGGUAUUGUUUCGAGAGCAAUGGCUUUAGAAGUCCUCUCAACUGGAGUCGCUGGAAAUUUCAAUGGAGCUUUGCAAGUGAUGACAGCUGAAUUUCAAGUGCCUUCACCACUGGUUCCAACUCGUGAGAGUUACUAUGUAAGGUACUGUAAACAACAUGCGGAUGGGACUUGGGCAGUUGUUGAUGUUUCUCUCGACAACCUACGUCCUAGUCCAGCUGUCAGAUGCCGAAGAAGGCCUUCCGGUUGCCUUAUCCAAGAAAUGCCUAAUGGAUACUCUAAGGUGACAUGGGUUGAGCAUGUAGAAGUGGAUGAUAGAGGUGUUCACAAUCUGUAUAAGCAGCUAGUCAACUCGGGCCAUGGAUUUGGUGCAAAACGCUGGGUUGCCACUUUGGAUCGUCAAUGUGAAAGACUAGCUAGUGCCAUGGCAACCAACAUUCCAACCGGUGAUGUUGGUGUGAUAACAAACCAAGAAGGGAGAAAGAGUAUGCUGAAAUUGGCUGAGAGAAUGGUGAUAAGCUUUUGUGCUGGUGUGAGUGCCUCCACCACUCACACAUGGACAACACUCUCAGGAACCGGAGCUGAUGAUGUUCGGGUCAUGACCCGUAAGAGCGUCGACGAUCCAGGCAGGCCUCCUGGGAUUGUGUUAAGUGCUGCUACUUCAUUCUGGCUUCCUGUUCCACCCAAAAGAGUCUUUGAUUUCCUCCGUGACGAGCAUUCUCGAAGCGAGUGGGAUAUUCUUUCCAAUGGUGGAGUUGUUCAAGAAAUGGCACACAUAGCAAAUGGUCGUGAAACUGGAAACUGCGUGUCUCUACUUCGAGUAAAUAGUGCCAACUCGAGCCAAAGCAACAUGCUGAUAUUGCAAGAGAGCUGCACUGAUCAAACGGCGUCGUUUGUGAUUUAUGCUCCGGUGGAUAUUGUUGCGAUGAACGUGGUGCUUAACGGCGGUGAUCCUGACUAUGUGGCUCUACUUCCGUCUGGAUUUGCCAUUCUUCCAGAUGGGUCCGGUGGUGGUGGUGAUGGGAUUGUGGAACCUUGCUCUUCCGGCGGCUCUCUGCUCACUGUUGCGUUUCAGAUUUUGGUUGACUCGGUCCCUACAGCUAAGCUUUCUCUUGGAUCAGUCGCAACUGUUAACAAUCUUAUUGCUUGCACCGUCGAGAGGAUUAAGGCUUCUUUGUCAUGCGACACUGCAUAAUAUCACAGUCCUACCUAGCUACCUUCAUAAUAAUUGUUUUUUGCAGUAAUAUUUGAUAGAAGAAGAUGGUCGAAAUUAGUGAAAAGCAGCAGGGGAAAGAAAAAGAAGUAAGAUAAAGAAAUCUAAGGUGUUGAGGAAAUGCAAAUAUUUUGGAGAAGUCAAGAACGCACCUUACAUGAUCCUUUCUUAGCAUUUCAAAUUUCGAGUUUUGCAAGGAUUAUAGGGGUUCGGGUAUUGACUUCAUCGAACACAUUAUGUAGAAAAGAAGAAGGCCUUAUUCAAAGACUUGAGACCUUAUAGUUUUAAUUUAAUGGAUGUAGGUUGAAUGGAUUCUAUCCCUUUAUAAUUAGAUUUCAUCUUCAUUAACAUUUGUUUUUAGCAUUAUAUUAGAGUUGUAGGCAUGUGAGGUUUAAUGCUUCGCAUAUCUAUCUAGCUAUAUAUGUUCUUAAUUAUUUCCCUAGCUAUUUUUUACGGUUUUCAAGCUCACAACUACAGCCAGACAACUGAGACAAGGGUUUGCAAUUUUUUAUCUUUCCCAAUUUAAUUUUUAAGAGCUGUUGAAAAAUGGAUAUUGCUUCUAUAAUCUAAUCUCAUGUGUUCAUUUCUUCA